UAAAUGGGGAGGAAAAUUUGAUAAUUAUUAGUGACAGAGGAGGUGUGCAUUCGGAACAGAGCACCAGAGGGAGUGUGUGAAAGUGUACCCUAAUUUGAAAUACAUGCAAUUUCACGCCAAUUAGCGAAGAAGAUUUGUGUUUGUGAGUGAGUCAUGGCGGAAGAGAGCGAGGGGAAGAACAUUGAGGCCCAAAUCGAAACCGCUAUGCGCUCUCGCGUCUCUCACUUCAAGGAACAAUCCGACUCUUUGACUUUCGAGGGUGUUCGUCGGUUGCUCGAGAAAGACCUCGGGUUGGAGGAGUACGCUUUGGACGUGCACAAGAGAUUUAUCAAGCAAUGUUUAAUCACGUGCUUAGAAGGGGUCGGUGAUGAUGAUGGCCCAAAGAUAUCAGGGAAGGCAGGGGAAAAAAGUGCUAGUACACAGGAGUCUGAAGGACUGAAAGAAGAAUCUGAAUCAAAAGAUGUGAAGGAUUCUCGCCCUGAAGAUGAGGAGAAAAUGGAAGACUCUCCAGUGUUAGGUCUUCUCAAAGAACAAAAAAGGGUUAAACAUGAAACCAAGGAUGAUAAAGGCAAUGGAACCAAAGUAGUUCUGAAUGAGGCCCUAAUUAAGAAAGCUGUUAGAAAAAGAUCUCCAUACAUCAAGGCUAAUGCAGAGAGUGUCACUAUGGCUGGUCUUCGUCGACUAUUGGAGGAAGAUCUUAAACUUGAAAAGUUUACUCUUGAUCCCUAUAAGAAGUUUAUAAGUCAACAGCUUGAUGAGGUAUUAGCAUCUUCUGAAGUUAAGGGACCUUCAAAGAAUGCUAAGAAAGUUGUUAAGAAAACACCUGAUACCAAAGUAACUAAAAAGGUCAGCAACGAAGAAAACUCUGAUAGUUCAGAUAAGGAGACUGAUGAGGAAGAGAGUCAGGAAGAUGAAGUUAAACCUAAAAAAAAGAUUGUUCCAAAAGGCAAGAUGCAGACUUCUGUCCGACCUAAAAAGCGUAAAGGAGAGGAGACUGAUCUAUCCAGUAAGAAAAGGGUCAAGCCUACAAAAGCAGCCUCAGAAGACAAUAGUGAUGCAGAAGAUAAUGGGAAAAACUCUGAAGAUGAUCAGUCUGAUUCAUCACCAGAGAAACCUUCCAAGAAGAAAGAAGUUUCAACUCCUGUGUACGGUAAACGUGUGGAGCACUUAAAGUCUGUUAUUAAAGCAUGUGGGAUGAGUGUUCCUCCUGCAAUUUACAAAAAAGUCAAGCAAGUGCCUGAAAACAAACGGGAAGGGCAGCUAAUUAAGGAGUUGGAGGAAAUACUUUCUAGAGAAGGAUUGUCUUCAAAUCCAUCUGAAAAGGAAAUCAAGGAAGUAAAAAGGAAGAAGGCUAGAGCCAAAGAACUUGAGGGUAUUGAUUUAAGCAAUAUUGUAUCAAGUUCACGUAGAAGGUCAACAACUAGUUUUGCAUCUCCUCCACCUCCCAAGCCGAAGGUUCCAGUUGAAACUAGUGGCAAUGAUGCUGAAGGUGAUAAUAAUGAAAAUGAUGAUGAAGAUGACGAUAAUGAAGAUGAUGAAGAUGAGGAAGAGGAUAUUAGUGAUGAUGAUGGAAGUCAGAGUGAAGAAUUCAAUGAUGGGAAGUGAUUGUCCUUACAUUCUCUCAUUUAUUAUGCAGAUGAAGAGGACAGUGAUUGAACUCGGGCAGAUUUCACAAUAAUUAAGGCGAUUUUUUUUACGAUUAAUUAGGAGGUCAUGGUGUAUAAUAUAAUGUCUUGUAACGUGUUUUGCUCUUUUGCUCUUUUAUCUUCUGUUCCAAAUAUAUGUAUGUGGAAAUGGCCAGUACUUGUUGCUAAUGCUAGUUGCAUAAUUAUUGUUUUAGUUUCUUCCUUGGUCCGUUGAUAGGAACUUUCGAUGUGACAGCAUUGGUUUAAAUGUAGUAUAUUUUGUUUCCCCUAGGAAACAAGUUUACCGUUGGAUA